CACCUACUCUCUACCAAAAGAAAAAAUGACCACACACAUGGAUAACGGUAUCAAGACAGCCUUCCAAGCCUUCUCAAUCCUCAUCUUCCUUCUCCAGCUUCCAAACCACUUAGCUUUUCGCACCAACAACGAGCCAUGGUUAACCACAACCGAAACCAAACCGACACCAACACCAUGGCCCAAACAAUUCCACGCCCUUCUUUACAUGAACCUAACCACCACCCACCUCCAACUAAGUGACCUUUGGUACGACUGGCCCAAAGGCCGAAACGUUAACAUAUUUCAAAAACAACUUGGCAUAGUGCUUUAUGAUAUUGAGUGGAACAAUGGCACGUCGUUUUACUACACACUUGGUGACAAUGCACAAUGCCAGACGGUAGACUUUGGUGUCGGGAUACCGCGGCCCGACUUCCUCGAUGGCGCACAUUAUUUGGGGCGGGUUGUGACCGAUGGGUUCUUGUGUGAUGUGUGGGAGAAGGUGGACUUCAUUUGGUAUUAUGAAGAUGUGGUUACUAAGAGACCGGUUCGUUGGGAUUUUUAUGAUGGGAUUUCUUCACAUGUGAUGACUUUUGAGAUCGGAGCGGUGUUGCCGGAUUCAGUAGUGCAAGCCCCCGCAUACUGUUUUACGGAGCCAGCGGAUGAGAAUGCUUCUUCUACUUUGGCAAAGGUUUAAAUCAAUCAUAUUGACUGCGAAGAAGAAGUGCCUAUUUGUGAAUCUUUCUUUGGCUUUCUAGUGUUUUAUCUUUUCAUUUGUACUAACUGAGU